AUGGCUGCUCCCUCGCGAGAAGGCUCCAAGGCCUCAAUCGACCGCCAUACUACUGUUCCAUUUCAUUUGAAGCUCUUCUAUCGAAACAACAACUAUUACAAUCUCUCCGACUACAGCAUCCCUGCCCCUCCCCGCCGCGGUGGUCCAGCCAGCGGACCCAACAGCAUUCGCGAGUCUUCUCCUCCAGCAGCUGCGCCGCUUCCUCCUCAUCUUGAGAUCUACACCUGGCAAUCAUGUACCCUACGUGAACUUUCACAGCUCCUCACUUCCGCACUUCCUUCAUUACUGCCUGACCCGCCCGUGGGCACUCGGCUCUGCUUUCGUCUGAUCUAUCCCGACGCUCGCGGCGCAGCUAUAAUGGGCCCCGAUGUGCGUGGCCGAUACGUGAGCAAAGAUUUGGGAAGCGUGAUUGUUGCGCCAAGAGAUAGUCCGUACCGCGGCGAGGAAGACGCAGACGACCGGGCCGAGCCACGGCCUCGUCCAGGUCCACUGCGUUUCCAAGGCUCAGAAGCAGAUAAGGCUUUGCAAGACGUUCGGUUCAUUGUUGGAGACUAUGUGGAGUGUGCCAUCCUCCCUCCUCUCGAGGAUGGAUCAGUUGCGCCGGCGCUUCGUGGUGCCUCUGGUCCGCCUGGGAUGGGAGGCGGCGGUGGUAUGCGCGCAUUCCGAGAUAAUGGAUUUGGUCGAGGUGGCCGGGGCGGCCCUCGAGGUGGGGAUCGUGGUGGCCCCCCUACUCUUCCUCCCGGCGAGUGGAAGCGAGGCGAGAGGCUUCCAGAGGGAGGUGGGCGUGGUGGUCGCCGGGGAUGGGCCCCGUACUGA